CCAUGCAAUAAUAGCAGCAAUCCAAUGCAAUCGAUCAACAACCCUGCGGCUCUUGAAUUAGCCGCCCCAUCCACGGUAAAAUCCAAUUGGAUGCUAGUCCAGCAAUGCAUCGUCGCGCCUGUGCCGCCUGCAACCGCUAUCUGAGCCAGUCUUCCUUCACAAACACGCGGUGGACCAAGGGCGACAGUCUCUCACGAUGCAUGGGCUGUGUUCACGGACACCCUUCGGAUACGCCCGCGGAGGAGGAGGCAGAUAGCGGAAGAUACAAUCACUCCAACUUUGCCAAUUUCGAACAUGAUGCUCUGGACUAUCCCAUGGCCCAGGGCACGUUCCGAUGGGUGGCCAAGGGAAAGUACACAUCAGGACCCCGGAAGAACCAGGCCUGCGUUACGAAAUGGUUCAAGAGCGGCGCCGUCUUUUCGGAGGAAUACUUCACGCACGAUAUAUUAGCCGUCGAUAAAGCUCUAGAAAUUGUCAACCGCUUCAACCGCUGUGCAUCUAAUACCGGCUGGAAUGACGAGUCCACGGCCUGGGGCGAGGUGAUGCAGGCUGUCAGCCACUUCAGCUAUCACGUAUCUGGGGGCAUGUAUGUGCUGUGUGACCUCCAAGGCGGCAUCUACCAACGUGAAGUUGUCCUUUCCGAUCCCGUCAUCUUGUCUCGACGCCGUGCCUAUGGAGUCACCGACUUGGGGCCCGAAGGAAUCAGCUCUUUCUUCAGCAGCCAUGACUGCAAUCGCUACUGUCGCUCCAACUGGACAAGGCCUGCAAACCCAGCUCAAGUCUUUCGACCAACGCCGAGAACUACGAUGAUGAGGCGCAAUGUACCUACAGCUCAAUCGCGACCACUACAUACCAUGUUCGAAGCCUUCGAAGACUUCGAAGACGACGACGAUUGGUAA